AUGGACCACCCCGUGGCCACACGUCCUCGUUUCGCACCAAUCUCGGUCGGCCACGCCGGUGUCCUUGUGCAUAUCGUGCAAUGCUUGUCAUCAGCCGAGGACGUCCUCUCGCUGCUUGACGCGCUGCCACGUCAUACGCUUGACGCGCCAUUGGCUGCGCUGUACACGCUCUUGACGACGCCCAAGACCUAUCGCGUUGUCGAUUGGUACUGGCCGCGGGCUUGCAUCGCAGCGUUUACCAGUCGCCACUUCCCUACGCUGCUCGCCGCGCUUCCAAUCUUUCGCUCCAUUUCCAUGAAGUUCCGUCGCGAGCUCGACGCGGUGCUACGCAACGCGACGAGUGAGUCAACGACGAUUCCGCACGCAGCCACGAUCGCAUUCGUCUCCAAAUGGGGCCACAAAAUCAAGUCCAUCGUCGUCAAGUUGCGGUUGCUACCCGAUGCGAUGGACGCUUUCCCGCGCCUUGUCCGCCUCUGCACAGGCCUCGACUCGAUCGUGGUCUAUGUCGACAAAUCGCAUCCGGCGUUUGUCGCAGCGACGAUCCGCGCGGCGCAGCACACCAAACGCAUGAGUCUUGUAUCGUACAAAGCCAACGGGUACAAAAGCGGCGACCUGCAACCGCUCUUGGCUGCAUGGCUCGCCUCCGGGCAUGCGACGCAUCUGUACCUCAAGAACAUCGCAUGCCAUGUCUCUGUCGGCCUUGCUCGAGCGAUUGCAGCUGCGACGUCGCUCGCGAGUUUCAAGCUUGACAACGCCCCUGGCUUACUACAAGGCCUCGUGGAGGCUGCUAUCCCGCUCAAGGCCCUCAACGCGCUGCGCUUAACGCUACACGAGGACGAAACGUUUGCCGAACCGUUCUUGACCAACUGGAUCGACCUCUCGGCGCUUCGAACGCUCGAAGUCCUCUCCGUCAACGAUUUGGACUUGACGUAUGUCCUGGCGCUACUACCGCAUCUUUUGACGCUUGAAGAGCUCACGCUCAACUUUUGUGUGCUGCACGCCGUGCCGGCGUUGCACGCAGCACCGGCGCCGAGCAACCUGCGGACGCUGAACGUGUCGUACUGCCACAUGAACGACGAGACGUGCCUAAGUCUUCUUGCUUGGGCGUCGCAGUCGCCGUGCCUCGAGACCAUUACGCUCAACAUGUGCCGCACGGUCCGCAGCAAGCCCGAGCUUUUUGGCCGCUACCUUCGCCGAUGGAUCCUGAGCGGCGUCUCGCAUGUCGUCCUCGACCGCUGCGUCUUGGACGAGGAGAACAUCAUUGCGAUUGCGACGGCGCUCCGCCACUCGAGCCGGUCAGCGCCGUUUACGCUAUCGCUCGACUUGGAUGGAUUCGAUCUCGAGUCGUACCGGACCCUCUUGGAGGCACUCGCCACGUGCACCGGCGUUGGCCUCCACGGACACGGGUCGACUUUAACCAACGCCGACGAACGCGUUCAAAUUGAACAUUGGGUCUGGGAGCUCGAUCUGCGUUACGACAAACGCGACUUUGUCCUGCUCUUUUACAGUCCCUCGUAGCUACCAAGCACGUAAGGCGGCCAAGUGUACAUCUUCUAUAUGCAUCUACUAGUACUAGCAAUUCCAAUGACCUUGUACUAAAAUGUCAAAGCC